CCACCCGUCACUGAGAGAGCUGAGGCGCCAUGCAUGGGGCCCAGGGGCUGCUGCUCCUCCUGCCGCUGCUGGCUGUCUGCCUGGGGAUCCAGGGCCGGAACCAGGAGGAGCGCCUGCUCGCAGACCUGAUGCAAAACUACGACCCCAACCUUCGGCCUGCCGAGCGAGACUCAGAUGUGGUCAAUGUCAGCCUGAAGCUCACCCUCACCAACCUCAUCUCCCUGAAUGAGCGAGAGGAAGCCCUCACCACCAAUGUCUGGAUAGAGAUGCAGUGGUGUGACUAUCGCCUGCGCUGGGACCCACAAGACUAUGAAGGCCUGUGGGUGCUGAGGGUGCCGUCCACCAUGGUGUGGCGGCCGGAUGUCGUGCUGGAGAACAACGUGGACGGUGUCUUCGAGGUGGCCCUCUACUGCAAUGUGCUCGUGUCCCCUGACGGCUGUAUCUACUGGCUGCCACCCGCCAUCUUCCGUUCCGCCUGCUCUAUCUCAGUCACCUACUUCCCCUUCGACUGGCAGAACUGCUCCCUUGUCUUCCAGUCCCAGACUUACAGCACCAAUGAGAUUGAUCUGCAGCUGAGUCAGGAAGAUGGCCAGACCAUCGAGUGGAUUUUCAUUGACCCUGAGGCCUUCACAGAGAAUGGGGAGUGGGCCAUCCGGCACCGACCAGCCAAGAUGCUCCUGGACACAGCAGCGCCAGCCCAGGAGGCAGGCCACCAGAAGGUGGUGUUCUACCUGCUCAUCCAGCGCAAGCCCCUCUUCUACGUCAUCAACAUCAUUGCCCCCUGCGUGCUCAUUUCCUCCGUCGCCAUCCUCAUCUACUUCCUUCCUGCCAAGGCUGGAGGCCAGAAGUGUACCGUCGCCAUCAACGUGCUCCUGGCCCAGACUGUCUUCCUCUUCCUUGUGGCCAAGAAGGUGCCCGAAACCUCCCAGGCGGUGCCACUCAUCAGCAAGUACCUGACCUUCCUCCUGGUGGUGACCAUCCUCAUUGUUGUGAAUGCUGUGGUCGUGCUCAACGUGUCCUUGCGGUCCCCCCACACACACUUCAUGGCCCGAGGGGUCCGAAAGGUGUUCCUGAGACUCUUGCCCCAGCUGCUGAGGAUGCACGUUCGCCCGCUGGCUCUGGAAGCUGUGCAGGACACCCGGCCUCGGCUACAGAAUGGUUCCAUGGGAUGGUCGGUCACCACUGGGGAGGAGGUGGCCCUCUGCCUGCCUCGCAGUGAACUCCUCUUCCAGCAGUGGCAGCGGCAGGGGCGGGUGGCGGCAGCGCUGCAGAAGCUAGAGAAAGGCCCAGAGUUAGGGCCGAGCCAGUUCUGUAGCAGUCUGAAGCAAGCCGCCCCAGCCAUCCAGACCUGUGUGGAAGCCUGCAACCUCAUUGCCCGUGCCCGGCACCAGCAGAGCCACUUUGACAAUGGGAAUGAGGAGUGGUUCCUGGUGGGCCGAGUGCUGGACCGAGUCUGCUUCCUGGCCAUGCUCUCGCUCUUCGUUUGCGGCACGGCUGGCAUCUUCCUCAUGGCCCACUACAACCGGGUGCCCGCCCUGCCCUUCCCUGGAGAUCCAUGCCCCUACCUGCCCUCACCAGACUGAGCCAACCAACCAUCGCGGGACAUGUGGGAGUCACACAUGUGGGUCACAUGGAGUCUUGUCAGCCAUGUUCUCCUACCGAGGUCAUAAGCGUGCUCUUUGGGAAGUGCCCUUCAGGACUGUGUGAGCCAAACAGCCCUGAGAAAAGCCAGGAAAAGGGUCCCAGCUGCAGUCCUGGAGUGACUGGGGGUGGCCUAUGGUUAGUGUGCUGCUGCAGUCAGCACCCACGCAGCAUUGGCUAGCUUGUCCUGGCACCAGCCACUCCUGCACUCAGCACACCCCCUCACUUAGGCAAAGCAUUAUUAAUUCUCAUCAAUCUGAAGCCCAAAGGACUCUUGUUUUGUAUGAUACCUUCAGGCUUGGGACUGGCUCCCUUUUUACAACUUCUCCCUGAAAGAGAGGUGUGAAGAGUAGCAGCCAAUGCUUUAUCAAAAGCGGGGCAGCAGCCCAUGCCAGCUGGCAUCCCCCUCCCCUGCCUGCUGGUACAGUAAGCACCCAAUUCUCAACAGCCCCAGUGGCCUUUCCAUUCAUGUGCAUUUUUCUGCCACUGACCCCAAGAUGAUUUCCUGAGUUUUGUGAUCCAUUUUUUUUUUUUUUUUUUAGUUUUUGUUGUUGUGUUUAGUUUUGAGGCAGACUCUCACUGCUGUCAUGCAAGCUGGAGUGGAGUGGCACCAUCACGGCUCACUGCAGCCUCAACCUCCAGAGCUCAAACCAUCCUGCCUCAGCCUCCCAAGUAGCUGGCACUACAGGCAUGCACCACUACGCCCAGCUACUUUUAAGUUUUUAGUAGAGAUGAGGUUUUGUAUAUUGCCUAGAUUGGUCUUGAACUCCUGAGCUCAAGUCAUCCUCCACCUUCGCCUCCCAAAGUCUUGGGAUUACAAGCAUAAGCCAUUGUAUCUGGCCUCCUUUUUAAUUAAGAGCUCUGCACAGCAGUAUGGACAACCGAGAGUCAUUAUUCCCCAUGUUAUAUAGGCAAAUUGAGCCAAGAGUAAGAGAUUCCACAAAACACUGGUGGUUAAACAAGAUUUGAAGUCCAAAAUUCCUGACUCUGACCCAAUCUGACAUUCUAAGAUUCUAUGGCCUGAAAAAUAGGCCCUUCUUCCCAAAGGAUGGUUAGGACAAGGAAGAGCUAGGCAAGGAGGCAUGGAGUUAACACAGAGCCACUGAGCUCUUCAUUCCAGGAGACUUUGACUUGACCCCACUAAUCAGGUAAUAGGGCAGUAAGCUGAGGUCUUCCUGGGGGAUAGGCAAGGUCCUGCUCUGAGAUUACAGCUGGCACUUGAGUUCGGUUGGUAACCAGGUGACACCUUGGGCAAGUCACCUAUGCUCCCUGACUCUGUUCCCUUAGCAGUGGUGGCUAACACCUGUGAUCCAGGCACCUUGGGAGGCCAAGGUGGGUGAAUUGCUUGAGCCCAGGAACCCAGGAACCCAGCCUGGG